CAUACGCCAGAAGUCAGAAAGUCAAAUUUCACCAAGAGGACAAAAGGAGAAGGGAACAUUUAUCCGGUUACUCUGAGCGCUCUCAUCACGUUUCCCAGUAAUGAAGUGUCAUUUGACUUUUUAGUGUUUUGAACGCUGCUUGUUUGUGUGAUUUUACAGUAAAAAAGAGGGUUAAUUGGACUUGAGGACUUGUUGGCUGCCGUCUCGGGCAUUUUUGCGCGCUGUGCCAGCGCAGCUGUCUGCGCACCUGAGUCCGCGGCCCAGUUUGUGCAGCGUCAACAUGACUUUGAUGCCUCUGAGCGACUGAACUAUGAUGGUGACAUUACUUACCGGUGACAUGCUCGCUGUGGUGAAGCUCGGUAAAUGCGCAAUCUCUCGCUGUGGAAUAACCACCGGAGCCCAGGUGUCACCGGGGAGAGCUGAUGUGGCUGAUGUUUGGAGGAGCGCACCAGUCUGAUGUCAGCCGGGAUUUGACAGAGUGCAGGAGUUUGGGAUGCAAGAGAAGCCUUAGAGAGACAAUCCUCUGCUACUUUUACCUGGAUUCAACAAGGGCUGCCCAGAGCCAUGGCCUCUGAGGUGGUGUGCGGGCUGGUCUUCAGGUUACUGCUGCCAGUGUGUCUUGCAGCUGCUUGCCUGUUCAGGUACAAUGCCCUGUCCUUCGUCUACCUCAUCUAUCUCCUGCUUAUUCCACUCUUCGCGGAGCCCACAAGCACGUCGAUGCAGGGCCACACAGGGCGUCUGCUGCAGUCCCUCUGCUUCACCAGUAUGUCCUUCCUGCUGCUCCACAUCAUCUAUCAGAUUACCGUCAACAGCCUCCUGGCCGGGAACUCCAUCACCUCCGACUUCAACUGUUCCACGUGGGAGAAAUCCAUAAGACAAAUUGGCUUCGAGAGUGUGAUCGGUGCAGAUGCGGGGAACGGCAUCCGAGUGUUCAUCCCUGACAUUGGCAUGUUCGUGGCCGGCUUGGCCAUCUGGCUGCUGUGUCGCAGUCUGGUCCAGAAGAGGCCGCCUGAGGACAUGGCCCAGUACAACGCAGACUUCGAAGCAGAGGAACAAGAAGAAGAGGAGAAGCUGAGCCUGGAAGACAACAUCCUGCUGGAUGAGGACUUUGAGGCAGGGUACGAGGCCGAGGAGGACGAGGAAGAUGAGGAGCUGGAUGAGGAGGAAGAGGAGGAGGAGGAGGAGGAGGAGGAGGAAGCGAAGGAGAGCAUAAGGAUGAAGGUCCUGCGUCACGUGGCGGAGGUCGCAUCCAAAGUGAAGGAGGUCAUAGGGAACUUGAUCACCACUGCGGGGAAGGUGGUGGUCACCAUCUUGCUGGGCAUGACAGGCAUCAUGCUGCCCUCGCUGUCCUCGGCUGUUUACUUCUUCAUCUUCCUGUUCCUGUGCACCUGGUGGUCCCUCUGCCGGACCUUCGACACACUCAUCUUCAGCUGCAUGUGCGUCCUCAUGGCCAUCUUCAGCGCCGGACACAUCAUUGUCCUCUACCUCUACCAGUUCCAGUUCUUCCAGGAGUCCAUCCCACCAGAUGACACCUAUAUCAGUGUAUUCGGCAUCUCCCCCAUUGUUCAGAGCAACUGCUCCUACACAUGGAAACUCAUCGUGCACCCGCAACGCAAGUGGUACCACUUUGUGAGUCCCAUCAUGCUGCUGAUUCUCUACUACACUCUGGCCACGCUCAUCCGCCUCUGGCUGCAGGAACCCAUCGACCAGCUGACGGACGACAAGGACGACGAGCUGUGUGAGGAGGAGGAUCUGGACGGAGACAGAACAAGUAACUCGGCCAACAGGAAGAGGCUUCGGUGGUGGGAAUCACGCCAGCCCACAGAUGAGAAAAACCUGCUCUCCAUCCAGGAUGGCUUCAGUACAGCUGAGGCUGUGCCCACCUCAAAUGGGACGUCCUUUGAAUUCCCAGCCGGGAAUGGACCAGUUUGUUUGGACUUGUACUCCACCCCCCAGUAUAAAAUAGACCAGCCCAGUGAUGGUACAGAGAAGAAGGAUGAGAGUGUGUAUGAAGUGUGUUUGCCCCCGGAGGAUUCGGCGUUAGACGGAGGAGAGGAGAAGUCUGAGGGAGGCGAGGAUGGGAUGAAGAAAAGGGGCGUCAGCGCGAUGGUCAAAGUCUUCCACUUCGUCAUGAAACAGAGCUACAUCUGUGCUCUCAUAGCCAUGAUGGUUUGGAGCAUCACGUACGUCAGCUGGCUGACGUUUGUCUUCCUAAUGUGGUCUUGUGCGCUGUGGAUGGUGAGGGACCGGAGGCGUUACGCCAUGCUGUCCUCUCCCUUCAUGGUGGCCUACGGCAACCUGCUGAUAGUCCUGCAGUACAUUUUCAGUUUUGAGGUCAUGAACAAAUAUCAUGAUGGACAUUUUUUCUCAGGAUUCUUUGUCAAGAAGAAUAACCCUUUUCACUCACUUUCAUCAAAGGUCCUGUGUCUGCUGAGCUUCUGGCUGCUGCUGAGACAAACGCUCACAGAGAGAUGGGAAAAACAAAAGGAAGACAGUGCUGGGCUCUCAGACGUUCAUGUGGAGGAUCAAGAGAAGAAGGAGGAGGAGGACUCUGAGGAGGGAGGGGAGCAGGACAUCAUGCAGGUGCUGGGCAACAUGGUCAUGGCUGUGCUGGUCAAAUACUGGAUCUACAUCUGCGGGGGGAUGUUCUUUGUUGUCACCUUUGAGGGAACCACCAAAACCGUCGUAACAGAUGGAAUCACCAAGACCAUCGGAACCACCGUCAUAUACAAGGUCUUCUACAUGAUGAUGUUCCUCUCCUGCGUGGCGCUCUACCAGGUCCACUAUGAGUGGUGGCGAAGGAUCCUGAAGUACUUCUGGAUGUCGGUGGUGAUGUACACCAUGCUGGUCCUCACACUGGUCUACACCUUCCAGUUUCAAAACUCACCAAGACACUGGUCCAACAUGACGGGCCUGGACAUAGAAGGCUUGGCGGACAUGGGCCUGAAGCAGUUUGAACUGGCUGAGCUGUUCACCAGGAUUUGCAUUCCUACUUCCUUCCUGCUGGUGUGUAUUCUCCACUUGCACUACUUCCACAACCGCUUCCUCCAGCUCACCGACCUCCAGGCUGUAGUGGCCAAAGAGGAGAGCACAAUCUACAGACUGGUUCAUCCGGAUGGCAGUCUGGCAGACCUCACCAUGCUCAGUGGCAGCUCGGUGGACGCAGCGCUGCACAAGGAGGAGGAGGAGGAGGAUCUGCAGGAGGAGCGGGGGGAGUGGGGGACAGAGGAGGAGAAGAAGCAGGCCCUAGUGGUGGUGAUGGAUGACACUGACAUGGCUGGCGAGAAGCCCGGGAGCCUCUCCGACGCGCGGCAGUCCAGCACAGAGGAGAGCCACCACUGCAGUGCGGGGACCGAGCCAGAGCCGAGCACCGAGCAGAGCUCAGAUCUGAAGAAUAAGUGGCACCUGGUAGUCGACCGUCUGACUGUGCUCUUCCUCAAGUUCCUGGAGUAUUUCCACAAACUGCAGCUGUUCAUCUGGUGGUUGCUGGAGAUCCACAUCAUCAAGAUCGUGUCCUGCUACAUCAUCCUGGUCUGUGUUCAAGAGGUUUCUUUGUUCAACUAUGUGUUCGUUGCAUCCUGGGCCUUUGCGCUGCCCUACAGCCAGUAUCGGCCCCUUGCCUCCAAUGUUUGCACUGUGUGGACGUGUGUCAUCAUCGUAUGUAAAAUGUUGUACCAGCUGGAGACCAUAAAGCCCGGGGAGUACUCCAAGAUAUGCCCUAUGCCAGACAACCUCACAAAAGAGCAGCGGGAUGAGUUGACUGAGUCUCUGCUAUAUAAGAAAAAUGAUCCAGCCAACUGGGUGGGAUUGGAUAAGUCUGAGGACCUGCUGGGCUACCUCAGGAACAACUUCUUGAUGUUGGCUCUCUUAGUGUUCGAGGUGACCAUCUACCGCCAUCAGGAAUACUUCAGACUGAGGAACAAGCUGUCGCCUCCUGCCGCCCGGGUCAUUUUCCACGACAUCACACGGCAGCACCUGGACAUCGGCAUCGUCAGCUUCAUCAAAUACUUCAUCAACUACUUCUUCUACAAGUUUGGACUUGAGACGUGCCUGCUGCUGGUGGUCAAUGUAAUCGGGCAGCGAAUGGACUUCUAUGCCAUGCUUCAUGCCUUUGCCUUGAUAGCCGUCAUGUAUAGACGAAGGAGGAAAGCCAUCGCUGAGAUCUGGCCCAAGUACUGCUGCUUCCUGGCCUGCAUGCUGACCUUCCAGUACUUUAUCUGCAUCGGGAUCCCACCUGCAGCCUGUAAAGACUAUCCCUGGAGGUUUCCCAGCUCUUCUACAGACUCCAAUGUGAUCAAGUGGCUCUAUGUUCCAGAUUUCCACACCAAGCCCAAUCCAAAGUUCCUCAUCUACGACUUCAUGUUACUGCUGUGUGCCUCUCUUCAGAGGCAGGUGUUUGAUGAUGAGAACAAGGCAGUGGUUCGCCUCAUGGCCGGAGACAACGUGGAGAUCUGUAGAGACCUGGACGCAGCCUCCUUCAGCGUCCACAACCCCGUCCCCGACUUUAUCCACUGCAGGUCCUACCUUGACAUGCUGAAGGUCAUCAUGUUCAGCUACCUGUUCUGGUUCGUCCUCACCAUCAUCUUCAUCACGGGAACCACACGCAUCAGCGUCUUCUGCAUGGGAUACCUGGUCGCCUGCUUCUACUUCCUGCUCUUCGGUGGAGAGCUGCUACUGAAGCCGAUCAAAAAAAUCCUGCACUACUGGGACUUCCUGAUCGCCUACAACAUCUUUGUGAUCACCAUGAAGAACAUUUUGUCUAUCCUGGCUUGUGGCUACAUCAACACUCUGAUCAAAAAGCAGUGCUGGUUGAUCCAGUUGUUAAGUUUGGCCUGCACCAUUAAAGACUAUAAAAUCAACACCAGACAGGACGAUAUGCCCGCUGAAGAGCGCUGUGAACUGCCCAGUAACGAGGCUGGGAUCAUCUGGGACAGUAUCUGCUUCGCCUUCCUGCUGCUGCAGAGACGAGUCUUCAUGAGUUACUACUUCCUGCACGUGGUGGCUGAUAUCAGGGCGUCACAGAUCCUCGCAUCCAGAGGUGCUGAGCUUUUCCAGGCCACUAUAGUGAAGGCGGUGAGGGCCAGGCUGGAGGAGGAGCGCAAAUCUGUGGAGCAGCUGAAAAGACAGAUGGAGCGCAUUAAAGUGAGGCAGCAAAAGUUUAAAAGGGGCAAGGAGAAGAUGCUGAGCUUGGCGCAGGAGUCUGGAGAAGGACAGACAAUCGUGCAGCCCGAGGACGAUGACGAUGGAGCACAGCGAACGAAAGCCAAGACCAAAAAAAAGCAGUGGUGGAGGCCGUGGGUUGACCAUGCUUCCAUGGUUAGAAGUGGAGACUAUUACUUGUUUGAAACAGACAGUGAGGAGGAAGAGGAGGAGGAGGAGAAAAAAGAUGAGGAGCCUCCAAAGAAGUCAGCAUUUCAGCGAGCUAUUCGGAAGUUUGUCUCUGCUGUUCUGGCUUUGCCCAGGUCUAUCAUUAAGCUGCCUAAAACUAUUCUGCAGUACGUAGUCAAGGCAGGAAAGUUUCUUUACCACGCCUGGAUCACAGACCCUAAAGCUGCACUGAGAGCACGAGGCAAAGAGAAACGCAAAUUUUGGAAGAAAUACACCAAGGGAGUUAGACACAGGAAGAGCAAGAAAGAUGCAGGUCAUGUGGCCAUAGAGGUUGGUGAGAUGUCUGAUGGGCAAGAAAAAGGAGAGGAGAACAAGCAGUCUGGUAGUCCAGACAACAUCAUCAAACGAGUGUUCAACAUCAUAAAGUUCACCUGGGUGCUCUUCCAGACGACGGUGGAGAGCUUCACCAAAUGGAUGAAUGACAUGUGCAGAGAGUACAUCGACAUCUCCACUGUGCUGCGUAUCGAGCGCUGCAUGCUGACGCGAGAGGUCAAAAAGGGUAAUGUUCCUUCCAGAGAGAGCAUCCACGUCUACUACCAGAAGGCCAUGAGGCUCAACAUGUCUAGGCAGGCCAGCAUGGAUCAGCUCAGCGACGACGACUCGGCCUGCGGCUCCACCAGAGUCCGAAGGAGACCAGGAGGCUACCACAUGGAGAGCCAGGACUCGACCGCCUCCAGAGACAGCAUGUCCAGUGCCGUCACUGAGGCCACCAUGGUGUUUUCUCGCCAGUCCACGCUGGAAGAUCUCGAUGGAAUGCCAGAGCGCAUUCCCAAAACUAGCGAGCGUGACAGGCCCAAACUGCGUAAGAUCUACGCCAUGGACAUGUCCAAUUCAUCAAUGGACAGCGCCAGCAGUUUCAUCUCCAGUGAAGCGACCCAGUGCGUCACGCUCUACUCCAGACAGGGCACCACAGACACCAUAGAAGAAGUGGAGGACGAGCAGGAUCAAGGGGACGACAGGCAGCAGGAUCCCUGGGAAACCAAACAGGUUGAAGACAGUCAGGGGGCUGAGGGUGAUCCCUGGAGUGACGGAGAGCCUAGGGUGGAAGAGGAGGUUGGUGAAGGUCAGGAGGGGCAGGAGGGGCAGGGGGGGCAGGAGGGGCAGGAGGGAAUGGAGGGUGAGGAGGUUGAGGAGGUUGAGGAGGAAUCAGAGGUUCCAGAGGACCAGGAGAGAGAAGAGGCUCCCUGGGAGUCUUUUUGCGUGGGUGAGGGCCCCUCCCUCAGGCAGGAGGAGGCAGAGUGUGCCUCUUCUGUCCAAGACAAAGACUUCAUCACUGAGGGUGAAGAUGGAGUAGGACAGCAGGACUUCAUGCAGACAGAGGGGCGAGCGGGGCUCCUUUACACCCCUGAUACAGACGCCUCCAAAACGUCUGACGCUGACGUUCCCCCCAGCUACAGCAAGGCGGUCAGCUUCGACCGUCUAGAAAUCAGCGACGACGAGAGCGACACGGAGAGGAAAAGGCGUAUGGUCAUGACCUCUGACAGCCGCUCAGACAGCAGGUCAGACAUCAUGCUGCCCUCUAUGACCACUGAGCUGACCGCCAGCGAACUGCUGCUCAACAAGAUGUUUUAUGAUGAGGAGCUGGAGCAGUCAGAUAAAUUCUACAACUGCCAGCCUCUGAUCCUCCAGCUCUGCUACGCCCUGUACAACAUGCUGGUGGCCCACUCAGAGAUGGUGUGCUACCUGGUCAUCAUCAUCAACCACAUGGUGUCGGCCUCCUGCGCCACCCUGGUCCUUCCCAUCACCAUCUUCCUCUGGGCCAUGCUGUCCGUGCCUCGGCCCAGUAAGCGCUACUGGAUGACAGCCAUCGUCUACACCGAGGUCACCAUCGUCAUCAAGUACUUCUUCCAGUUUGGCUUCUUCCCCUUCAACCAGAAAAGUUUAGAUAAGAACAAACCGUAUCACCCUCCCAACAUCAUCGGUGUGGAGAAGAAGGACGGUUACGUCCACUACGACCUGGUUCAGCUGCUGGCUCUCUUCUUCCACAGAUCCAUUCUGAAGUGCCACGGUCUGUGGGACGAGGACGACCCCAAAGAGAAGAAGGAGCCUCCUCAUCAGAGCGAGUCCGAGGACGAGGGCAAGGAGGAGAGUGACAAGGAGUCUGAACCUGCCUCCUCACUGAUCAGUGAGAGGAGAGGCUCUGGUCAAACCUUGAGGUCCAUAAACUUCGGGACCUCCAUAGAUUCAGGACACGUCCAGGUGCACUUCCCACAGCAGCAGACCUACCAGCGUCGGAAGAGCUCCAGCGGGGGCUCGCACAUUUCUCACAGAUCUCUUCACUCCUCUGCGAGGUCAAAGAGAGGAAGUACCGCUUCCCACAACAGCAGCCGACGGGACGGCAGCGAGGCCAGUGUCCAUCAGAAGACCCGCAAACAGAUGAUUAUGGAGAAGCUGAGAGAGCAGCUCUAUAAAGCAAAAGCUUUCAUCAUAAAGCGGGUCCUGGAGAUCUACCUUCCCAUGAGGCAGUUCUUCUAUAACCUGAUCCACCCAGAGUACAGUGCGGUCACAGACGUCUAUGUGCUGAUGUUCCUCGCUGACACCGUCGACUUCAUCAUCAUUGUGUUUGGAUUCUGGGCGUUUGGUAAACACUCAGCGGCAGACAUCACCUCAUCUCUGUCUGAGGAUCAGGUGCCAGGACCUUUCCUGGUCAUGGUCCUGAUCCAGUUUGGGACCAUGGUGGUGGACCGGGCCCUCUACCUCAGAAAGUCUGUUUUGGGCAAAGUCAUCUUCCAGGUCAUCCUGGUCUUUGGCAUCCACUUCUGGAUGUUCUUUAUCCUGCCAGGAGUCACAAUGAAGCGAUUCAGUGACAACCCAGUCGCUCAGAUGUGGUAUUUUGUCAAGUGCAUCUACUUCGGGCUGUCGGCCUAUCAGAUCCGCUGUGGUUAUCCCACCCGCGUCCUGGGAAACUUCCUCACCAAGAGCUACAAUUAUGUCAACCUCUUCCUGUUUCAAGGUUUCCGCCUGGUGCCGUUUCUGACGGAGCUGCGAGCCGUGAUGGACUGGGUUUGGACCGACACCUCGCUGUCUCUGUCCAGCUGGAUCUGUGUGGAGGAUAUCUACGCUCACAUCUUCAUCCUCAAGUGCUGGAGAGAGUCUGAGAAGAGAUACCCUCAGCCGCGAGGCCAGAAGAAGAAGAAGGUGGUGAAGUACGGGAUGGGAGGGAUGAUUGUGAUGCUGCUCAUCUGCAUUGUCUGGUUCCCGCUGCUUUUUAUGUCUCUCGUGAAAUCUGUCGCCGGAGUUGUCAACGCGCCACUGGAUGUCUCGCUCGAAAUCACCCUGGCCGGCUUUCAGCCCAUCUUCACCAUGAGCGCGCAGCAAAAACAACUGCAGGCUGUGACGCGGGAAGAAUUUGAAACAUUUACCAAGAAAUAUUUGGGUAACGAUGAUGCCCUGCAGUGGCUGGAGGGCUACAUGCCAGAGGACCUCGUCAUCGCUCGGCUGAAAGGCAACUCCAACUCUCUGUGGACCAUCAGUCCACCGAGCAGAGAUAACCUGAAAGACAUGUUGACCUCCGACGAGGAAUUUCCCAUCACUGUGUCCUGGACUGUGCAAAGGAACUUAAGUCUUGGUGCCAAGGCUGAAAUGGCAUCUGGCAAACAUGUAGCACGAAUAAACAAUGCAACAAAACAGGAGCUCAUUAAAGUCCUUCAAGGGGAGGGAAGCGGUUUGCAAGUGACCCUAGCCGACAUCGUUCCUCGAUACAUUCGAGCCCCCAGUGAUGCAGAUGCUAAACCUGUUGAGCAGUUUUCUGAAGAUGAUAUGAUGAUGAACAUAACCGUGACCUUAAAGCGAAAAAAUGAGGCUUCUUCAAAUCAGACCCAGGAAUGGUGGGUUGUCAACCAGACAGAGCCCGGCAUAUUAGACAAAAAGAGUCCAAAAAUGGAUGAAGCAGCAGGUCUGGACAUCUAUGUAUUCAGUGACCAAGUCAGCCCCCCGAGUUUGGGUUUCCUGGCUGGAUACGGGAUCAUGGGCCUGUACGCCUCUGUGGUUCUGGUCAUCGGCAAGUUCGUGCGCGAGUUCUUCAGCGGUAUCUCCCACACCAUCAUGUUUGAGGAGCUGCCCAACGUGGACCGCAUCCUCAAGCUGUGCACCGACAUCUUCCUGGUCCGAGAGACGGGGGAACUGGACCUGGAGGAGGACAUGUACGCCAAACUCAUCUUCCUCUACCGCUCGCCAGAAACUAUGAUCAAGUGGACCCGGGAGAAAACUCAGUGAAACUCAGCGAGGGGAGGGGGGCGUUAAAUUAUGAAGGCGAGUCGCUGGGUGGUCGCUCUGCUGGUGUGAGCCACUAUUUCAGCCCAUUUGCCAGCUGGGGGAGCACAACACAGCUGAGGACCCACUGUGUCCUCCUCAGCUGAGCUCUGAUGGCAGCGAUGCAGCGUUAACUCCACACAAAAGCACUUUUUUGAGUUAUAAACUGGUAUUUUUUACUCUUAACUAAUGAAAAACAACAACAAAUUGCAGUUAUAUUAUUAACAAUUGAGCACAAGUUUGCCGGUGCUGUAUCUAUCUCGCAAAACCUGACUCAGUUUGGCAUCCAGUGGAUAAAAUAGCUGGUGAUCAGUUGGAGACAGAGAACUCUUUUAGGACAAUUUUUUCCUAAGGUAUAAAAAGUCUUAUCCCUAAUAUGUCGAUUUUUAAACACCCCUCACUGCUCUUCACGUCCUGUCGUCUUGACAUUUUCACAAUUGCACAGCGGGCAAGGAGAAGCUCAAACUGGCUGCGACUUUACUCUUUAAGGGCUUCCCAACAACAAAUAAAGUGCACAAUAACGACCACAUGAGCACAAUUUUCUCCAACUGGAACGCUUUGAUUGUGGGACUGUGCAAUACCGAGCUCGCAUUUCUCCCGAGUUUUUCAAAGGACGCGGACCUGAAAGAAAAGGCCGGUUCUGACCGAGACGCGACCAUUGCCCCACCACCGAAUGUCGGAGGCCACACGGGGAGCCUCUCCAGAGACACACUGCAGAAAACAUUAUCAGACAAUCUUUACUUGCCUUAUUUUGUUUGUAUGAGAAGAACUGAAAACUCUUAUCAGCUACAUAUCUUUCUCAGGAAGAGCUGUUUUCACAGAUAUUCAUUGUAUGAGUUACACGUUACAACAUGUAGGCUUUGAUGGAUUUAAAAUGAGAUUGUAGAAAAGAUGAGAUCUAUUUAAAUGGCAUGAAAUUUAAUGUGGAUAUUGUUCAGAUGGACUGAUACUGAGUAUGUUUACUGCACAGGGACACAGUUUGAUGCUGUAUUAAGAAAGUAAAUUUAUCUGUUUAGCUGUGGACUGUUUUUUUCCUCACAGAGAAUGAGAUUAAUUGCCAAUCAUCCACGUUGAAUCACCUACAGGUUGGCUAGAGUCGAAACCAGCAGAGGGCUGUUUUCUGAAUCAGGGUAACGUGCAUCAGGUGGUAGACUCUUGCACAUCACUUGUGAACCUCUCGCUGUUUUUAAAACAUUCAACACUCAUGAACACUGUGGCGCCCACAGCUGUGCAUUCAGUCACUGAGGAGAAAAAAAAAAAACGAAGAAGAAGAAGACACAAAAAAGAAUUCCUCACAUGAAGGGCUGAAACUUUGAAGCCCUUUGGUCCAAACUAUGCAUUAGAGGACACUGUAGCAUGAAAGAGAAACUUCAUUAUUGCCAUGACUAAUUUUCAUUACAUGUACAUUCAAGUUUAAGGGGACGGGAUGCGGAGGAAUGAAAUGUGAAAUUGUACCUGUAUGUUAAGGCAACGUGGUAUGAUAGAGGUCCAGAGUUGUGCAAAUAAAAACAUCUGGAAAGGU